GCUCCCGCUGAUCUCAGUUCCUCGCCCACUCCCCUUCCUCAUUCGGGCCGAGAAACCUUUCCCGUGUCCCUCGAGCUGUCCCCUUCAUGGCGCACAUCACCAUCAACCAAUAUUUACAACAGGUGUAUGAAGCAAUUGAUACCCAAGAUGGAUUCUCUUGUGCAGAGUUGGUAUCUUUUAAGCAUCCUCAUGUUGCAAAUCCCCGGCUUCAGCUUCCCUCUCCAGAAGAGAAGUGUCAACAAGUUUUGGAACCUCCAUAUGAUGAAAUGUUUGCAGCUCAUUUAAGGUGUACCUAUGCAGUGGGAAACCAUGAUUUCAUUGAAGCAUACAAAUGCCAGACUGUGAUAGUUCAAUCUUUCUUGCGAGCAUUUCAAGCCCACAAAGAAGAAAACUGGGCUUUGCCUAUUAUGUAUGCUGUAGCACUUGACCUUCGAAUUUUUGCUAAUAAUGCUGACCAACAGUUGGUGAAGAAAGGGAGAAGUAAAGUUGGGGAUAUGUUGGAAAAAGCAGCUGAAUUAUUGAUGAGCUGUUUUCGAGUCUGUGCCAGUGAUACUCGUGCUGGUAUAGAUGAUUCUAAGAAAUGGGGAAUGCUAUUUCUGGUCAAUCAACUAUUUAAAAUUUAUUUCAAGAUCAACAAACUUCAUCUUUGUAAGCCCUUAAUUAGAGCAAUUGAUAGCUCAAAUCUGAAAGAUGACUACAGCACAGCACAGAGAGUUACAUACAAGUACUAUGUUGGUCGCAAGGCGAUGUUUGACAGUGAUUUUAAGCAAGCUGAAGAAUAUCUAUCAUUUGCCUUUGAGCAUUGUCACCGUUCAAGUCAGAAAAAUAAAAGAAUGAUUCUGAUUUAUCUGCUGCCAGUAAAAAUGCUGUUGGGUCAUAUGCCAACAGUUGAGCUUUUGAAAAAAUAUCAUCUUAUGCAAUUUGCAGAAGUAACCAAAGCUGUGAGUGAAGGAAAUCUUCUGCUCCUGAAUGAAGCUCUUACAAAACAUGAAACCUUCUUUAUUCGCUGUGGUAUUUUCCUUAUUCUUGAGAAGCUGAAGAUCAUCACCUAUAGAAAUCUCUUUAAGAAAGUAUACUUAUUACUCAAAACACAUCAGCUUUCUCUUGAUGCUUUUCUGGUUGCCUUAAAAUUCAUGCAAGUUGAAGAUGUUGAUAUUGAUGAAGUUCAGUGCAUUUUAGCCAAUCUCAUAUACAUGGGUCACAUUAAAGGAUACAUAUCUCAUCAGCAUCAAAAGCUAGUGGUUAGCAAGCAAAACCCCUUUCCUCCACUUUCAACUGUGUGUUGAUUGUACAACACUAAGUCUAAACAAUUUUUGCAAAAAAUUAAACUUGUAAAACUUUUUUUUUUUAAAAUAAGCCAUGUAGUUGAAACUCAAAAGUAAUCCUGUUACAUUUGGAAGUGGAAUCUUGGAAACUUCUCAUGGCUUCUUUCCCAGGGACACAGAGGCUAUGAACUUGGCAGAGUACCUAGAGGACAUGAAUUGCUCCUUUAUAAAAUACAGCUUCUGUUAACUUCAGUACGAUCUGAAGUUUCUCUAUAGGAAAAAAGAAAACAUUCCUACUCUACUAUGAAGCUUUUAUAAAACUUCUUAAAAGAU